GCGUGGCGCAGAGCUCGCGGCCUGGCACGGACGGCGGACGCGGCGCAGCUUGCAGCCCUGUGGAGCGGCCCCGGGCCCAUCCCAGCCCGGCACCAUGAACGUCUUCGACCGCAGCAUCAACUUCGAUGCCCUCUUCAAGUUCUCCCACAUCUCGGCCUCCACCCAGGAGCACCUGAAGAGGGUCUAUGGCAGCUUCGCCCUCUGCAUGUUCGUGGCGGCCGCGGGCGCCUACGCCAACGUGAUGACCCAGCUUUUCCAGUUCGGGCUCCUGACUGGCCUGGGCUCGCUGGGGCUGAUGGUUUGGCUCACGGCCACCCCACACAGCCGUGAGACCGAGCAGAAGAGGCUGGGGAUGCUGGUUGGCUUCGCCUUCCUCACGGGCAUCAAUCUGGGACCUCUCCUGCAAAUGUGCAUCUCGGUCAACCCCAGCAUCAUCCCCACCGCCUUCCUGGGCACUGCCACCAUCUUCGCCUGCUUCUCGCUGAGCGCCCUGUACGCCCGGCGCCGCAGCUACCUCUACCUGGGAGGUUUCCUGCUCUCUGGCCUCACCCUGAUGCUUCUCUCCUCGCUGAUUAACGCCUUGGUGAGAUCCACCUGGCUCUUCACGGCCAACCUGUACGUGGCGCUGAUGAUCAUGUGCGGCUUCGUGCUCUUCGACACGCAGCUCAUCAUCGAGAAGGCCGAGAGCGGGGACAAGGAUUACAUCUGGCACUGCGUCGAUCUCUUCCUCGACUUCGUCAACAUCUUCCGGGAGCUCCUGAUGAUCCUGGGCAUGUCCGAGAACAAGAAGAAGGAGAAGAAGUGAAGCGGCUCUGGGCCGAGGCGGAGCCACCCCUGUGUCCCCAUGUCCCCUCCUGUCCCUCUCUGUCAUCCAAGGGGCUGCGCUUUGCUGCCGAGGAAGCAGCCAGAAGCUUUCGCACCUCGUGGGUUUUUCUCUCGUUCAGCUUUUUUUUUUGUUUGGUUGGUUGGUUUUUUGGGGGGUUUGUUUGUUUGGUUUUUUUUUUGAUUAAAAACCAGCCAAUUCGUGGAUCCUUGCUGGAGUUUGGCUCCCCUUGGUUUUCCCCGGCCUGUGGCCCUUGGAGCGGUCACCCACGUGUCCUCUUUCCUGGGAGGUUUGUCCCCAGCCCCACCCGGGGUGUUACCCUUCCCCGGGAGGCUUUGAGGCCCCAAAAUCAACUCCCAGAGGCGGGGGUUUAUUAGUGGGACCCCUCCUCAGCCAAACUCAUUGGUGGAGCCUCCCCUUGAGCACCAGUGCCAAGAAAUGAACGUGUGCUGGGAGGGGGCCGUGGGGACAUGGCAUUCCCAGCGCUCCCACCCCGCCAUCUCCGCUCUUUCUACACCGGGAUGAAUUCAAUAAAUCGCUCAGACUCCGAA